CACUCAUUUCCCUCCUUUCUUCAACACCAGACAACUGCCACUGCCCAAAAUCAACAAACAUUACACAAUCAAGAUAAGCUAACCCACCCCCCGCUUCCCUUCCACUGAGGAGAGAAGAGAGAACUGAAAGAACAAUACACUUACUACAUCAAAGAUACAAAUUCCCUCUUCCCCUCCUCUUUAUCGGGUUUUUUUCGCGUUAUCCCUCGUCGAAGAUUUAACAAUGUCGUGCUCGAAUCUGACAAUGUUGGUGUCCUCGAAGCCUUCCCUUUCGGAUGCCACUGCCCUGUCCUUCCGGAGCUCCCUGACCCCUUUCCAGGUCCCCUCCCACAAUCCUAGCUCCCCGGGAUCCCGCCCCACCGGCCCGAUCCAGUGCGGGCUCCGGGAGCUCCGUGAACGGAUUGACUCCGUCAAGAACACCCAGAAAAUCACCGAGGCCAUGAAACUCGUGGCCGCUGCCAAGGUCCGACGUGCCCAGGAAGCAGUCGUGAACGGCCGACCGUUCUCCGAGACCUUGGUCGAGGUCCUCUACAACAUCAAUGAGCAGCUCCAGACCGAGGACAUCGACGUGCCCCUCACCAAGGUCCGCCCAGUGAAGAAGGUCGCCUUGGUGGUUGUCACAGGAGACCGUGGGCUGUGCGGAGGGUUCAACAAUGCGAUCAUCAAGAAGGCCGAGGCAAGGAUCGCUGAUCUGAAAGAGCUCGGACUUGACUACACCGUCAUAAGUGUUGGUAAAAAGGGUAACUCCUACUUCCAGCGGCGGCCUUAUAUCCCGGUGGAUAAGUUCCUCGAGGGCGGCUCCCUCCCGACUGCGAAAGAAGCCCAAGCAAUCGCCGAUGAUGUCUUCUCUUUAUUCGUGUCCGAGGAGGUCGAUAAAGUCGAGCUCUUGUACACGAAGUUCGUGUCCUUGGUCAAGUCUGAUCCAGUGAUCCACACCCUCCUCCCCCUGUCACCUAAGGGAGAGAUAUGCGAUGUGAAUGGAAUCUGUGUCGAUGCAGCUGAGGAUGAGUUCUUCCGCCUGACCACCAAGGAAGGGAAGCUGACAGUGGAGAGAGACUUGGUGAGGACUAAGACCGAUGACUUCUCCCCGAUCCUGCAGUUCGAGCAGGACCCGGUUCAGAUCCUCGAUGCCCUGCUGCCCCUAUACCUCAACAGUCAAAUCCUAAGGGCCCUACAGGAGUCUCUGGCGAGCGAACUUGCAGCGAGAAUGAGCGCAAUGAGCAACGCCACUGAUAAUGCUACGGAGCUGAAGAAGUCGCUCUCGAUCGUAUACAAUCGGCAGAGGCAGGCAAAGAUUACUGGUGAAAUAUUGGAGAUUGUCGCCGGAGCCAAUGCUUUAUCUUAAGUACAUAUAAUUUUAAUAAUUUCCAAAGUAUGUAUUUAAUUAAGGCUGUUUUUUAGUAAUUCAAUUGAACAUGCUGGAGUUGCUGAGAAAGAGAGGUUUUUGUUGCAAUCCAUAAAGAAUUGCAUGAGAAGUUGCCGUUGCAUAGUUCGGAAUUGCAAUAAUCUGUUCCCGAAGACAGCUUUCUUCUUUUUGUAUUGUCUGUUAUUCGCAAUUCGAACAGACCUCAAUUUGUAUUAUUUGCAAGCAAUUCAAAUCUGUAUACAGACUUUAUCUUAUAUGA